AUGGGUGCCCAGCUUCUCAAUUCCGAGCGCGACAUGACACUCUGGCAGGCGUGCUGGGCGCAAUGGCGCAUGCUCUGCUACGCCUCUGCUGCGUUCCUUGUUGGAGCCUGCUUCGGAUACGAUGGCAUCAUCAACGGAGCAUCAAUCGCGAUGCCAGCCUUCACCCUAUAUUUUGGAGACACCACCCCCGACGGACAAACAUACCUGCCAUCUGUAUGGACUUCGCUCUGGACGGCCAUGACCGGCCUGGCACAAGCUCUGGGUGGAUUUGGGAUUGGCUUCGUCAUGGACCGUGUGGGUCGCAAGUGGACAGUGGUUGGCCUGGCAAUCUUCUCUGUCGCAGGUGUCGCGGUCCAGUUCGCUGCAAAUAGUAGAGGAACGUUACUAGCUGGCAAAAUGCUCAACGGCCUGGCAAUCGGGGCUCUUUUUGCCGUUGCGACUGCCUGGGCAUCCGAGAUAUCAUCUGCUCGCCUACGUGGAAUCAUCCAGUCAUCUUUGAUUCUCUUCCAAACAUGCAUGCAGAUGUUGGGACUCGGCAUUAUACGCGCGCUGAUCGCCGACAUGCGUCCUCGGGCCUUCAAGACCGCCUUUGCAAUCCAGUGGCCCUUGGCUGCAGUGCUUGUGUUGGUGUUUCCAUUUGUUCCUGAGUCUCCUGUAUACCUGAUCAAUAAAGGCCGACUGGAAGAGGCCAAAAAGGCAAUUACUACCAUUUACGGCAGUACCAAUUCUAUCGACGCACGGUUCGCACACCUCGUCGGCAUGAUUCGACACGAGAAUUCCGGCCAUGAGGUCGCAGCUGGAGGAUAUCUCGACUGUUUCAAGGGAACCGACCUUCGGCGGACUCUCUCCGUCAUCUUCAUCAUUUCGGGACUUAAUGUUUGCGGCGCUCAGUUGUUGACGCAAAACAUCUAUUUCCUCCUUAUCGCUGGCCUUCCUGUGGAGCAUACAUUCGACAUUGGCAUCGGAGGCUUCGCUUUCUCCAUUUGCCUAGUCGUUGCAAGCUGGACAGUGUUGGAAAAGGUGGGACGCCGCGGCUUGUUUCUCUCCGGCCCUCUCGUCUCCGCCGUCUUACUUUUCGUCAUUGGUGGUCUCUAUUACGUCUCCGGGAUCGGGGCGGUUUGGUCUAUCGCCGUCAUGAUGAACCUCCUGAUUGCCUGGGGCGUGGUCUCUUUCCUAUCAGCUGGUUGGGCGCUGACCGCCGAGCUGUCUACCUACCGACUGCGAGCCAAGACCCAGUCGAUCGCAGUUGUCUCCAACGCCAUAUUCCAAUGGGUCUUCUCUUUCAUUACGCCAUAUAUCUACAACAUCGACGCCGCAAAUCUAGGUGCAAGGACGGGAUUUGUGUACGGAGGCUUGGCGACUGUCUAUCUCGCGGCUGCCUUUUGGAUCGUGCCUGAAACGAAGGGUCUCAGCGUCGCAGAAGUGGACUGGAUGUUUGAGAAUCGAGUGCCUUCGCGUCAAUUCCAGACUAUGAAGGAUCAGGCUCGAGCUGCUGCUACGUGA